AUGCAGGCGGCGGCGGCUGCGUCGGUGCCCUUCUUGCUGCUCUGCGCCCUGGGGACCUGCCCCCCGGCGCGCUGCGGCCGGGCAGGAGACGCCUCGUUGACGGAGCUGGAGAGGAGGAACGAAAACCGCUUCCUGGAGCGCCAGAGCAUCGUGCCACUCCGGCUCCUCUACAGCUCGGGCGGCGAAGACGAAACUGGACACGACGCGCUCGACACGCGGGUGCGGGGCCACCCCGGCGGCCGGCAGUUGACUCAUGUUGACCAGGCAAGCUUCCAGGUUGAUGCCUUUGGAACAUCCUUUAUUCUUGAUGUCGUGCUAAACCACUAUUUGCUGUCCUCUGAAUACGUAGAGAGACACGUUGAACAUGGAGGGAAGACGGUGGAAGUUAAAGGAGGAGAACACUGCUACUACCAGGGCCACAUCCGAGGAAGUCCUGCUUCAUUUGUUGCAUUGUCCACAUGCCACGGACUCCAUGGGAUGUUCUACGAUGGGAACCAUACCUAUCUCAUUGAACCAGAAGAAAAUGACACCUCCCCAGAGGAUUUCCAUUUUCAUUCAGUUUACAAGUCCAGACUGUUUGAAUUUCCUUUGGAUGAUCUUCCAUCUGAAUUUCAACAAGUACACAUCACUCCACCAAAAUUUAUUUUGAAGGCAAGACCAAAAAGAAGUAAACGGCAGCUUCGUCGACAUCCUCGUAACAUAGAGGAGGAGACCAAAUAUAUUGAGCUGAUGAUUGUCAACGAUCAUCUAAUGUUUAAAAAACAUCGGCUUUCAGUUGUACAUACCAAUACAUAUGCGAAAUCUGUGGUGAACAUGGCGGAUUUAAUAUAUAAAGACCAACUGAAGACAAGGAUAGUAUUGGUUGCUAUGGAAACCUGGGCAGCUGACAACAAGUUCGCCAUAUCUGAAAAUCCAUUGAUCACUCUACGUGAGUUUAUGAAAUACAGGAGGGAUUUUAUCAAAGAGAAGAGUGAUGCAGUUCACCUUUUUUCGGGAAGUCAAUUUGAGAGUAGCCGGAGCGGGGCAGCUUAUAUUGGUGGGAUUUGCUCGUUGCUGAAAGGAGGAGGCGUGAAUGAAUUUGGGAAAACUGAUUUAAUGGCAGUUACACUCGCCCAGUCGUUAGCCCAUAAUAUUGGUAUUAUCUCAGACAAAAGAAAGUUAGCAAGUGGUGAGUGUAAAUGUGAGGACACAUGGUCUGGAUGCAUAAUGGGAGACACUGGGUAUUAUCUUCCUAAAAAGUUCACCCAGUGUAAUAUUGAAGAGUAUCAUGACUUUCUGAAUAGUGGAGGUGGUGCCUGUCUUUUCAACAAACCUUCUAAGCUUCUUGAUCCUCCUGAGUGUGGAAAUGGCUUCAUCGAAACUGGAGAGGAGUGUGACUGUGGGACCCCGGCAGAGUGUGUCCUUGAAGGAGCAGAAUGUUGUAAGAAAUGCACCUUGACUCAAGAUUCUCAGUGCAGUGAUGGUCUUUGUUGUAAAAAGUGCAAGUUUCAGCCCAUGGGGACCGUGUGCCGAGAAGCAGUAAACGAUUGCGAUAUUCGUGAGACGUGCUCAGGAAAUUCAAGCCAGUGUGCCCCAAAUAUUCAUAAAAUGGAUGGAUAUUCAUGUGAUGGUAUUCAGGGGAUUUGCUUUGGAGGAAGAUGUAAAACCAGGGAUAGGCAAUGCAAAUACAUCUGGGGGCAAAAGGUGAUGGCAUCAGACAAAUACUGCUAUGAGAAGCUGAAUAUCGAAGGGACGGAGAAGGGGAACUGUGGGAAAGACAAAGACACGUGGAUACAGUGCAACAAACGGGAUGUGCUUUGUGGUUACCUUUUGUGCACCAAUAUUGGUAAUAUCCCCAGGCUUGGAGAACUUGAUGGUGAAAUCACAUCUACUUUGGUUGUGCAGCAGGGAAGGACAUUAAACUGCAGUGGUGGGCAUGUGAAGCUUGAAGAAGAUGUCGAUCUUGGCUAUGUGGAAGAUGGGACACCUUGUGGUCCCCAAAUGAUGUGCUUAGAACACAGGUGUCUUCCUGUGGCUUCCUUCAACUUUAGUACUUGCUUAAGCAAUAAAGAAGGCACUGUUUGUUCAGGAAAUGGAGUUUGCAGUAAUGAGCUGAAGUGUGUCUGUAACAGACACUGGAUUGGUGCAGACUGCAGCACGUACUUCCCUCACAAUGAUGAUGCAAAGACUGGCAUAACUCUGUCUGGCAAUGGUGUCGCUGGUACCAAUAUCAUAAUAGGCAUAAUCGCUGGCACCAUCUUAGUGCUGGCCCUCAUAUUAGGAAUAACUGCAUGGGGUUAUAAAAAUUAUCGAGAACAGAGGUCGAAUGGGCUUUCUCAUUCUUGGAGUGAAAGGAUCCCGGACACAAAACACAUUUCAGACAUCUGUGAAAACGGACGACCUCGAAGCAACUCUUGGCAAGGUAACCUGGGAGGCAACAGAAAGAAAAUCAGAGGCAAACGAUUUAGACCUCGGUCUAAUUCAACUGAGACUCUGUCUCCUGCCAAGUCUCCCUCUUCAUCAACUGGGUCUAUUGCCUCCAGCAGAAAAUACCCAUACCCAAUGCCUCCACUUCCUGAUGAAGAGAAGAAAGUGAACCGACAAAGUGCCAGGCUAUGGGAGACCUCCAUUUAAGAUCCACUGUUUACAUGUGAUACAUCAAAACUGUUUACUUCAACUUUUAUAGAAACCCAGCCUCACGGAAUCACUGCAAAUCUAUCUGCUCUUCAGACAAUACAGAGACCCUCUGAGAUGCCCCAGAGGAGAGGAAGCCAAGUCUCACAUCUGGAUACCAUUUUCUUUUUGUCAUUGGCUUAGGAUCUAAGUGAACCCUGAAAAGAACUACUGAAAUGUUACACUAUAACAUGGGAACAAUAAAGGUACUGGUAUGCUCCUGGAUAAUCCGCAUGACAGAUAUAUGUAGAAAUAUCACUAAAGUUAACUCACAUGACCCAAAUGUAGCAAGUUUCCUAAGGGACAAUAGUGGAUUCAGAACUGACAUUCUGAAGCACAUCCUCAUUGUAGACAGUAAUGCUAUGUGCAUGAAGCUUCUGUUUAUUGCAAUUUCCACAUUUAAGGAAACAACAUCCCAUAAUAGAAACUAGCAUGCAGGGCUAAGGCAUCUAGGAUUUGUCUGCAGGACUUUAAAGCUUUGAGAGGCCAAUAUCCCAUAUGCUAACUCUGAACAUGUAUCUUUAUUAUUUUUUUUUUUACUUCUCAUAUUUAUAUCAACAUACAAGGAGAAUUGUACAUAUGUAAACAUUUUUAAAAUAAAAGAAAGCAGCUGUUACACACAAGUAUAUUUUGCCAAAUGCCUAAAAAUAGUCACAGCCACAUCAUCAUCAUCCACCAAAUGGUCUCUAAAAAUGAUAAGCAGAUGAUGUUGUAAAUAUAGUGGUCAGUGCUGUAAAUGUGUCUCUCCAUCAUUGGUAUGUGUCCAAACCAUGUGAUAUCCCUUUAAACUGUGCACGGUCUGGAGGCAGUGUUAUUGAGUAAUUAAUUGAACCAGAGAACAAAAUGCCCAGCCUGCACAGCUGGCUGGGGCAGGGGUGGAGGGGUGAGGCUCCUCUCCUGCCCGCCUCCAGGCACUCCGAUGCUGAUGGCCACUCCCCGGGACUCCUGCAGCCGUCCCCCGUUCUCCUUCUGGGAGCUACAGUGCCUGCCUCCGCAGCUGUUAGCUUGCAGCACCAGAGCCCUGCUAGUUUCACCCUGGAGGCCUGUGAGCCCCUCGGCAGCACAUCCUGCUGAGAUGAAGCAAGUGCACCAAAGACACAUGAGACCAUGGGCCGCUGAUACCUUGGUAGCUUCCAACUUGCCAAUACGCCAACCCUUUGUGGCCUAAAUUUUUGUUCUUUGACAAAACUUUUUAGCCACCCUUACCUGUAAAAUGAAUGACUUGUUUUAAUACAACCAACUUUUACACUGUUUAUUAAGGAGACUUCUCAUCAGUAGGGGGGAGUCUGGCAGGCCAUUUCGCCCUGAUGGGGAAGCAAGAUGGUGGAGAGUUCUACCGGCUGGGCUGGGGCGCCUGUGCGGGCCACUGCGGGCUUGAAGAAACCUAGCACAUAAGUGUGCGGCAACUGUGAAGUUACCCCGACGGUUGGCAGGGAGAAGAAUCCGAGGUUUUCAACUCUUAUUUUUUUUUAAUUCCUAGAAAAGUAAGAAAUCUAAGUUCACGUCCCUCCUUUAAAGCCAAAGUUCGAUAAGCUGUUACAACGCAGCUCUGUCAUUUUAAAAGAAAACUUCCCUGGGGAGGCUACUCUAGUGAACUCAGAAAUUGCUGGGAAUCAGUCCGACGCUUUGAUGUGAAGAGUACUUCUGAAUUUCCUCAUUUUCUCUCCUUUUUCCUUGAGAGGAAUGGAAUCUGCAGACAAGAUUUCAGAAAUAUCCUCUAAAUUGGAUCUCUCCCAGUCGUGUCCACGGUCAAAAUCCACUUCAUCUCCAUGUGUAGUCAUCUUAGAUGCCCGAACUGAAGGGCCAUGUUAGAGGCAGCGUUUGAUCCUUUCCUGAUGUCUUCUGUAAUGGACCUCUCUUCUGAAAGUCUUUAAAAACGUUUGACAAGCAAUUUAAUCAUUCGAAACUGUAAAGUAUAAACAGCAUUUUUCAUGGCAGGAGGGGAUGUGAUCGUCAAUUCUACAAUAAAAUGAUCCAUCAGAUUAAGAUUUGGGUGAGUGUUGGGUGACCAUGCCACAGAGCUCAAGUGAAGGACAGGAGGGCAGACAGAUUUGAAAAUGUAGCAAAUAAAGUGGCUUUUGACCAAGAUCACUUUCAUGUGCACUGAAUGUUUUCUGGUAUUGAGUGUAUAAAAUGCUAAUGUUAUAAGGUUUAUUUUGACUAUAAAAGAGUUUAUAGAUUUGAAUGUAAGGUACUUUGUGUAAAUAUGCUUCUUAGUUAUGGUUACACAAACCCUCAUUUGACAGAAUUCACAAAUGGUGAGCUACUUG